CUGAAGUCAAUGAGAAGUGGAGGUAGGCCGUUCCCGGCGUGCAAUGCGAGAGGCUGCGACCGUACCGGGGUGGCGGGGGAACGAGCCGGCGGCGGGAGGCGCGGUGGCUGAGGCGCGUCUGCUGUGAGUGAGGUGGACCAUGAGUGUGCCUGCGGUGGCGUCGUUCUCUGGACCGCUCUUCCUGAGGUUUCCCUGAGCCGUCCUCUCGUGGAACCGCUCCCAGAUUUUGUCCACAAGUGUUUGUGGAAAACAUGGCUGAUAUUAACCUCAAAGAAGUAACCUUAAUAGUAGGUGUGGUUACUGCCUGCUAUUGGAACAGCCUCUUUUGUGGUUUUGUUUUUGAUGAUGUUUCAGCAAUACUGGAUAAUAAAGACCUGCAUCCGUCUACACCUUUAAAAACUUUAUUUCAGAAUGACUUCUGGGGAACCCCUAUGUCUGAGGAGAGAAGCCACAAGUCUUACCGUCCCUUAACAGUAUUGACAUUUCGCUUAAAUUAUCUGUUUAGUGAACUAAAGCCAAUGUCAUAUCAUCUCCUAAAUAUGAUUUUUCACGCUGUGGUUAGUGUGAUAUUUCUUAAAGUCUGCAAACUUUUUCUGGACAACAGGAGUAGUGUGAUUGCUUCUUUACUUUUUGCAGUGCACCCAAUACACACAGAAGCAGUAACAGGUGUGGUAGGAAGAGCAGAACUUUUGUCAUCUAUCUUUUUUCUAGCUGCAUUUUUGUCAUAUACCAAAUCAAAAGGCCCAGAUAAUUCCAUAGUGUGGACUCCAAUUGCAUUGACAGUGUUUUUAGUAGCUGUUGCAACAUUGUGUAAAGAACAAGGAAUAACAGUUGUGGGAAUUUGCUGUGUGUAUGAAGUAUUUAUUGCCCAGGGGUAUACUUUGCCAUUAUUAUGUACUACUGCUGGACAGUUUCUCCGUGGAAAGGGUAGUAUUCCAUUUUCCAUGCUGCAAACACUAAUAAAACUCAUUGUUUUGAUGUUCAGUACACUAUUACUUGUUGUGAUUAGAGUCCAGGUUAUUCAGUCCCAACUUCCAGUAUUCACCAGGUUUGAUAACCCAGCUGCUGUAAGCCCAACUCCUACAAGACAGCUAACUUUUAACUACCUCCUUCCUGUGAAUGUGUGGCUUCUGUUAAAUCCUUCAGAGCUGUGCUGUGAUUGGACCAUGGGAACAAUACCACUUAUAGAGUCAUUUCUAGAUAUUCGAAAUCUUGCCACAUUUACUUUCUUUUGCUUUUUGGGGGCUUUGGGAGUAUUCAGUCUCAGAUACCCUGGUGAUUCCUCCAAGACUGUUUUAAUGGCACUUUGUUUAAUGGCGUUACCAUUUAUUCCUGCAUCGAACCUUUUUUUUCCAGUUGGAUUUGUUGUUGCUGAGCGAGUAUUAUAUGUUCCUAGCAUGGGGUUCUGUAUUUUGGUAGCCCAUGGAUGGCAAAAAAUAUCAAACAAAAGUGUUUUUAAAAAGUUAGCCUGGAUUUGUCUGUCUAUGGUGAUAUUCACUCAUGCCUUAAAAACACUCCACAGAAAUUGGGAUUGGGAGUCUGAAUAUACACUGUUUAUGUCAGCCUUGAAGGUAAAUAAAAAUAAUGCCAAAUUAUGGAAUAAUGUGGGUCAUGCUCUGGAAAAUGAAAAGAACUUUGAGAGAGCUUUGAAAUACUUCUUACAGGCUACCCAUGUUCAGCCAGAUGAUAUUGGUGCCCACAUGAAUGUAGGAAGAACUUAUAAAAAUUUGAAUAGAACCAAAGAAGCUGAAGAAUCUUACAUGAUGGCUAAGUCCCUGAUGCCUCAAAUUAUUCCUGGUAAAAAAUAUGCAGCCAGAAUUGCGCCUAACCACCUAAAUGUUUAUAUCAAUCUGGCCAACUUGAUCAGAGCAAAUGAGUCCCGACUGGAGGAAGCAGAUCAACUGUACCGACAAGCGAUAAGCAUGAGGCCCGACUUCAAGCAGGCUUACAUUAGCAGAGGAGAAUUGCUUUUAAAAAUGAAUAAACCUCUCAAGGCAAAAGAAGCAUAUCUUAAAGCGCUAGAGCUGGACAAAAAUAAUGCAGAUCUUUGGUACAACUUGGCGAUUGUUCAUAUUGAACUUAAAGAACCAAAUGAAGCCCUAAAAAACUUUAAUCGUGCUUUAGAACUAAAUCCAAAGCAUAAGUUAGCAUUAUUCAAUUCUGCUAUUUUGAUGCAAGAAUCAGGUGAGGUUAAACUCAGACCUGAAGCUAGAAAACGACUUCUGAACUAUAUAAAUGAAGAGCCACAAGAUGCUAAUGGCUAUUUCAAUCUGGGAAUGCUUGCCAUGGAUGACAAAAAGGACACUGAAGCAGAGAUGUGGAUGAAGAAAGCUAUAAAAUUACAAGCUGACUUUAGAAGUGCUUUGUUUAAUUUGGCUCUCCUAUAUUCUCAGACUGCAAAGGAAUUAAUGGCUUUGCCAGUUUUGGAAGAGUUACUUAGAUACUAUCCUGAUCAUAUCAAGGGUCUCAUUUUAAAGGGAGACAUUCUGAUGAAUCAAAAGAAAGAUAUACUUGGAGCAAAAAAAUGUUUUGAAAAGAUUUUGGAGAUGGAUCCAAGCAAUGUGCAAGGAAAACACAAUCUUUGUGUUGUUUAUUUUGAAGAGAAGGACUUAUUAAAAGCUGAAAGAUGCCUGGUUGAAACAUUGGCAUUAGCACCACAUGAAGAAUAUAUUCAACGCCAUUUGAAUAUAGUCAGGGAUAAAAUUUCCUCAUCUAAUUUUGUAGAACAGCCAAUAUUCCCAGCUGGUAAGACUUCAGGUGUAGAAGGAGACAACAUUCCAACUGAAAAUGUAAAAGAAAUCAGAAAUGAACCCAGACCCACACAGAUAAUAAAAACAAGUGAUAAUAAAAGUCAAUCUAAAUCCAACAAACAAUUAGGAAAAAAUACAGACAAAGAGACCUCCCACAAAACAGCAAAAGAAAUCAAAGAAAUUGAGAAGAAAAGAGUUGCUGCUUUAAAAAGACUAGAAGAGAUUGAACGUAUUUUAAAUGGUGAAUAGUAUUACUCUUUAGUCUUUAUCAUGUGACAGUGGUUUCAAAGAACUUCA